AUGGAAGAAAACAAACAGUGCAACAGUAUGGAUAAUUGUGAAGUUCCCAGCAAGAAAGUCAUUGAGUUCAAACCACCAGUGUAUGAACAGAGAUACUACUUUGUUAAAAACUUAGUGAAUCGACAUGGACUCAGGAAGAUUGCAGACUUGGGCUUCAGUGAUGCCACACUUUUAUGGAUGCUGAAAUAUCACCGCUGUGUUCAGUAUCUUGUUGGAGUAGAUAUUGCUGCCAGACCCUUUGAAUGGGGAGGGGGUAGGUUGUCUCCAGGAGUGGGGGGUUACAUCAUUCCUCGGGAACUAGAUUUGACCAUAACCUUGUACCGUGGUUCUGCUGUACAAAAAGACUCCCGUUUGUGUGGAUUUGACUUGAUAACAUGUAUUGAAUUGAUAGAACACUUAGAUUCUGAAGAUCUGGCCAAGUUUCCUGAAGUCGUAUUUGGGUACUUUUCUCCGGGUAUGGUUGUCAUCAGCACACCAAACUCUGAAUUCAAUCCCCUGUUUCCAGCAUCAACCUUUAGAGAUCCAGAUCACAGAUUUGAGUGGAACAGAACACAAUUUCAGACGUGGGCUUUCGAUGUGGCAAAACUGUACAAUUACUCCGUAGAGUUCACUGGUGUGGGGGAUCCACCAGCAGGAGCUGAGUGUGUUGGAUACUGUACCCAGAUAGGGGUCUUCCAGAAAAACAUAGCAAAGCCGACUGAAUCGAGCAUUUCAGAGCCAGAGGAACACGUUCCAGAGGAACACGUUUAUGAAGUUGUUUACACCACCUCAUACCCGAGUUUACAGCAAAGCAAAUACUUCCGGCUUACUCUGAGUAGUGAGUCGGUCAAAGCAAUCGGCUUAAUGAAAAGCAGGUUUCUCCGGGGUCUGAGGAAAAGGGAGGACGAUCAAGUGGUACCACUUGGCAGUUGUACCCUACAGUUCGGAUUAACAGAAGCUCAAAGGGCCGAAAUAGAACAGUCCCCCAAACCUUACAGUGUGGGAGAGAAGUUCUACGUACCCCUGGAAAGACUCAUUAUUUAUCCGAAGGUGAACCACUUGGUGGUGGGUAGUAUGGAGAAGCUGAGAACAAUACUUGCUGAGGGACUUCGACAGAAGGAGAUCAAAGUGCGGUGCAGGUGGAGUUGGUUGAUUACCAAACACAAGGCCUCUUUGAUGAGUAUUUAA